AUGAUACGGUCAUCUGUUAGACAAAUAGGGUUCAGCGUCUCAAACCGACGUCAAUUUAGCGCUCUUCAAACGGUUGCUGAUUCUUUUGCACAGUUGCACGAUAUGUCUGGCGUGCCAUGGCUUGUGCUAGUCCCAAUUAGCACGUUCACUUUAAGAUCUCUUGUGACACUACCGCUGAGCAUAUGGCAACGCAGACGCAUUGUUAAGCAGCAAGAGCUGAAGAAGGUGGUUCAGGCAGUAGCUCCAGUAGUACGGCUAAGACUGGCAGCAGCAGUAAAUGGUGCAACCCCUGAGAAUAUUACAAGUGCUGGGAGCGUUGUCCGACCUGAGGAAAUUACUACAACUGUUGAAUCCUUAAAACCUGAGCAGAUCAUCAUGCUGUCCAUAAAAGAAACGCGAAAGAGGCAGAAAGCAUUAUUUAAGAAAUACGGCGUUCAAAUGUGGAAGAAUUCUGUUCUACCAUUGGUCCAAGUUCCGCUAUGGGUUACCUUAUCUAUGGGUAUUCGCCAGCUUACCGAACAGUCGUUGAUUGACACCCACAUAACAGGAACCCAUGCAUUGGCAUAUCUGAUGGAAGCUAAUGUCAUAUCUACCUUAGGUUCACUGGACUUGAGUCUUCCCCUCUCAGAAAUGCCACUGCUGAUACCUAUUGUCUUGGGAACUUUGAUAAUGGUUAAUGUUGAGUACAACGGCAAAGUUAUGGAAGCGACAACAAACUCUUUAUUAGGUAUUGAAACCGCCAAAUCGUCUACUUCGAAAUCUUCCCGUAUGUUUUCAAGUCUUCUCGGAAUUUCACGGUUAAGCUCCAUAUUUCUAAUGGGAGUAUCCUCGCAAGCUCCCAUACUACUCUCGCUGUAUUGGAUCAGCUCACAAUUAUACUCGUUAAUACAAAACAAGUUUCUCGACUGGUUAUGGCCAUACCAAAGAUGA